AUGUCAAGAACAACUAAAGUCCAAAAGAAAAGUGACUCCGAGCGUCUCUGCGAAAAAUACUUUGAAAUUCGAAAUUACUUAAUGUGUCAACAAGGAGUUCUUCUACUUCUUUUGAACCAACACUUUGAUAUUACCAUUACAAGACCAACAAAGAAAUCAUUAGUUACUGGACAAGUUAUUAAAGUUAAAACUCUUAGAGACAAAUUUGCUGAAGUUGAUGUAGUAGACUUUGUUGAAGAACGUUGUAAAGAGAAAAUGAGAGUUGAUGUAGCUAAUGGAAUAAAUGAAAUAAGUGCAUGUAGAAGAUACACUAAUAAUAAAAUAGCUGAAAAUCAUCAUCUUCUUCUUGAUAUGUUAAGAAUGUAUGGAAUUACUUUUAAUACAACAUUUUCUUCUGGAAAACACAACUCUACAAAAUUAGAAACAAUUAGUGAAAUUUUCAUUAAUUCUAAAGUCCUCUUCACUAAAAAUCAAAUUAAAGCUAUAGGUAAAGAAAUUAAUAACUAUUUCUUUAAUCUUGUAGAUAAAGAAAAAGAAGUUAUUUUAGAAAAGAAUAACCAAUUUCUUCAAUCAUUUAGUAUAUAUCACCAGGAUUCUUCUUCGUGUUAA